AGUGUUGUUUACUUUUAAACAAGAAACUGAGCGAUUAACACUAUGUUGAGGGUUUUAAUAUUCGUGUCGUUGGUUUGUUACGUGUUUGGGUAUUUUACUUUACCUGGUAAAUGUCCGGAGAAUGUGAAUUUGAAAGAAGAUUUCAGACUGGCUGAAUUCUACAACGAAUGGUACCAAACCCACUAUUACUCCAGUGAUGGACACCGCCACAACAACUGCUCAGUACUUAACCUCAUUACCAAACCUACUGGGGUAUACCUGAACCAGUCCAGGGUGGACCGAGGGCUGUUCCAUAGAUACAGUAUGGGGAGGAUCGUCAUACCGUCUGAUAUUGAGAAGCCAGCGUACUUAGACAUUGAGUUUCAGUUUGAAAAUGCGCCUAGAAGAUUAAAAACAAGAAAAUAUCCAUUUAGAGUGUUGGCAACCAACUACAACUACUACGCUACCGUUUACACUUGCGAAUAUAGCCCUUUGAUCGACAAACAUUACAUUUACGUUUGGGUCCUAUCUAGAUCCCAUCUACUCAACGAGGUAUCAUUGGCCCUCGCGACUAAGCCCUUGCAACAGAUCGGAGUAGACCCUUCGAAACUGGUGAAGGAAGAGUGGUCUAAAUGCCAACCAAAAUACUAUGAGGAUGCGGCUACUGAACCUAUGACGUUUAGAUAUCCAGUACCGAUUUAAAUAACUUAUUAAUGGAGUAGCUUACAUAAUGAAACCAAGAUUUUUAAUUGAAUAAGACUUAAUAAAGUCUACAUUUUUAUUUAGGUUCUUUCUUAUCGGUAUCAUCAUAGAUCGUGAGGUGAAAAAUAAAGGACAUAAGAACUCAA